CUGGGCGACGUCACACUGCCUGGAACCCUCGUGAUCAAAGCGGACCGACGUCGAACUCUCCUGCCGGACUGGUUUCACUUCAGUCUUCUAACAAACACCUUGACGGCAUGGAUUGCGGCAUCAUCACGUCCAAGACGGUCCUUCUCUUCCUCAGUCUGGUGUUCUGGGCUGCAGGUGCCGGCUUAGCCUACGUUGGCUCCCAGGUAUUGAGCAGCUAUGACACCUUUGAGAACUUCAUCCAGAACAAGUACACUGUCAUCCCGGCCGUGGUCAUCAUCGGCAUCAGUGUGGUCAUGUUCAUCUUUGGCCUGCUGGGAUGCUGCGCCACCAUGCGAGAGUCCAAAGUGGGCCUGAGCUGUUUCUUUCUGAUCAUCAUGGUGAUGUUUGCGGCCGAGGUUGCUGUGUUGGUGCUGAGCUUCAUCUACCAAGGCAAAGUAAACGGAGAUUUGGAGAACUCCAUGAACAGCGUCUUUGCAAAGUAUGACGGCGAGGACCCGGAGACCAGAACUGUGGACUUGCUGCAGACUAAGUUGCAGUGCUGUGGCGUGAGGAACUACACCAGCUGGUUCAACACGACUUGGUACCAGAGCCACAACGGCACAGUGCCCGAGUCCUGCUGCAAAAAUGUCAGCACACCGUGCACUGGCAGAUUGGACCAGUUAAAUCUGCUCAACUUAGAGGGUUGUGAAGCCAAGCUGGAGCACCUGGUGAAGGACUUGCUGAAGUAUGCCAUGCUGGUCAUUCUGGGCUUUGCCAUCAUCAAGUUCUUUGGCAUGCUGAGCGUGUGCGUGAUUGCCUGUAAAAGCAACAGCCGGAGGAGCGGCUACCAGCCACUUUAUGCCUAACCAAAAAAUCUUUGACUUCACCACCUCGUAUCUGUUCAUUAUUGCUGUUUUUCAAUGUCCAUCAUAAAUCAAUGUCAUAUUGAUGAAAAGCGAAAAUAUCUUGCAUGGCUGUCAUUUUUGAGCAUUCGGCUGAACAACAUUACUACAAGUAUUUCCUUUUUCUUUUGCACCACCGUAUUGAACUCACAGUUGUUUUAAAUAGCUACACAUGGAUUGAAGUUUUGGAAUGCACUGCAUUUAAUGCUUUAUGUUGGGUUGCAAUAUUUAUAGCCGACUUGAUUCAACUAAUCACUAUAAGGUUUAUUUUAAUGAGGAUGCCAUUUUUUAGGUGAGUUAUCUAUUAAAUAUAGUCGCAGCUCCAUAUGGUUAUAUUGUCUUUCUAAAAUAAUAAAGUGAGAAAUUCACAAAG